AUGGACAUUUUUACAGAGUAACUGUUGUAACAAAUUAACGAGUCUCAUAUAAUUGCUAGAGACUCUAUCAAAUUGAUAGUUCAUUUGGGAAGUGUAAUAGUGGGUGAAAAAUAUAUAUAAUCCUAAAUGCCUUGGAUUGGUUAUCAGUGGUUUUAAGAUCAAGUCAAGACCCUUACUAAAAAGCACUAUAUAUCAAAUGAUGAUUAUGAUGACACUAUAUUCGAGGAUGACGAACCCAAUCCUGUGAACAUUGAUCACUGGAGAAGAUGUCAAGGACAAGUUGCAUUAGUAAAGUCUUAGGAACAUUCUCCCAUUCGGAGAAGCGAGACGAAGAGAUUAACCAAAAUAUCAAUGGGAUAAACUUAAAGCAACGUAGAUCUCUAUGAAUGCUAAUUAAUCAAGAUGGGUGAGUUGGAUGAUGAUAUUGAUUUUGACCCAAACAUUGAAAGCAUGAGAUAAGCUAAAUUGAGGUAGAUGUAAAUACAAUAGCUAAAGUUGUAAAAUGAUAAGAUAAAAAACUAAGAGGUUCAAGAAUAAACUAGACAACUUAAGCGAUUGAAUGUUGACUCUAAAUGUACAAAUACUAUUUUUAUACUCAGCUAAAUAUACAUAUGACUUUGAGGGUAAAGUAAUUGUCUAAAAACCACCUGAUAUUGAUAGAUAUCCAAAGUCUCAUUAAAACAUUCAAGAAAAAAGAAAUCUUGUUGAAGUGAGAGACCUCAUUCCUAAUCAUAAGCUAUAAUCUGAAUUAAUCUCUUCCGGGAAAAGAUAGAGUGCCUAUUAAAACUCUAUGAAUCAAUUUGCAGUCAAAACCACAGUACCCUAGAUAGACUUAAUAGUUAUGAAAGAGGGAGUCUCAUUUUAUGACGGCAAAUCUGAAAAGAAAAAAGAUAGACCCUUGCCCUUAAUCGACAUUAAAGACAAUAGUGAAUUGCAGAAUACCCUUUUGAAUCAAAAUGUACACAUGACAAAGUUAGAAUACCAAACCAUAACAAAUUCAUAAUAAUCUAACAACCAAUUUCAAAACAAAACUCUAUAAUUAUCCAUCUCGCAACCCCAGAUCCAACAGAGUAAAACUAGUAGAACAUUUUAGGAAGAUCAACCCUAAAUGCAAAAUAAUGAUAGCCUACUCAGCUUUCGAUAACCUAAAACUACUGUCAAUCAUUCAAUCACAUCCAACAUCUUAUAAAAAUUAAAUGGUUCCAUUUCAAUACUCAGUGAAGAAUAAUUAGAUGGAUUAAUCAUUUAAUCUAGUGACCUCAACAAAUAAAAAGAGCAUCCUUUAUUUAUUAAAAAACCUACAAUUGAAAUUGCUAAGCCCACCUAACCUGUUCCUACUAUCACCCUUGAAUUACCCUAAAUACCACCCAAUGCCUUGGCCAAUAGUGUAAGCAAAUUGCCUCGCUCUUUUCAAUCUAUUGGGACAUUCCCAAAAUUACUAUCAAAACAUCCAAGAGAACGUAUUUCUAAACAAGUUAUGAAUAUAAUAAAUAUUAAAUGA